AUGCUGCUGCUGAUGGUGGGCAAUCUGAUCAUCCUCCCCGUGGGCAUCACCUUCUUCAAGGACGAAAACACCCCUCCCUGGAUUGUUUUCAACGUCCUUUCGGACACUUUCUUCUUGGCUGACCUCGUCCUGAACUUCAGAACGGGCAUCGUGGUGGAGGACAACACGGAGAUCAUCCUGGAUCCCCACACCAUCAAAAUGAAAUACCUGAAGAGUUGGUUCUUGGUCGACUUCAUCUCCUCCAUCCCAGUCGAUUACAUUUUCCUCAUCGUCGAUCUGGAGACGCAGGUGGACUCUGAUGUCUAUAAAACAGCCCGCGCUCUUCGCAUCGUCCGCUUCACCAAAAUCCUCAGCCUGCUGCGCCUGCUGCGCCUCUCACUGCUGGGGGGGCGGCUGCCAGCACCCCCCGAGAACCACCAGGCACGGAGGAGACCCCGACCCGCACUGCAGCCCAUCGCGGAGGGACGGCCGCGGGAUGCAGAGCUGCCCACGCAGAGCCGCCCUGGGGAGCGCUUCGGCUGCGACACCCGGACCUGGAGGAGUGGGGGGUCCGGCGGGGACCCCCGGGGGUCGGGAGAGGCUGAGCACGAGCACGGGAAGGAGAUGCAUCAAGAGGAUGCUGCAGGGCCCCACAGGGACACCCCGCACUCCCCAUGGUCUGUCCGGGCCGUGGGGUGGGUUGGGGUGUGUCUGAGUGCAUUGACAUUUUCCUUCCUGUCAGCUCUGCUGAUUGCUGUCAGCACCGCUGUGGAUAAAGUCAUCGCCCACUUCAGCUCUGCACGGAACCUGGUGCAGAAGGCUCAGCUGGGGGACAGCUGGCUCAGCCCUGACGUGGGCUACCUGCUGCUGCACACCCUGUGCCCUGCACUCUAUGGUCUGGUGGAGGACGGGCUGAAGCCCUUCCAGAAGGAUGUCAUCACAGGACAGAGGAGGAACUCCCCCUGGAGCGUGGUGGAAGCCUCCGUGAAGACAGGCCCCAACACCCGCUCUCUCCACAACCUGUGCUGGCGUGUGGCCGGGCUGACCCCGCUCAGCAGCACCAGGCAGAAAUUUCAUGCCUUCAUCCUUGGCCUUUUGAAUACGAAGCAGCUGGAGCAGUGGGUCUCACACCUGCAGAAUAGCCCAGGUGUCAUCUCCGUGCUGUAUUUUCCUACGGCUUUCUUUGCUCUGAGCCAAGGCCCUCUCCCCCAUCUUGCUGACGAACUGCUGCUGCUCAUCCAGCCCCUCUCGGUGCUGACCUUCCACCUCGACCUGCUCUUCGAGCACCAUCACCUCUCCAUGGACAUCAGGCCUUUGUCUCGUCGGAUGGAGUCACCCCCAUCUCCUGCCCAUCACUUUGCUCAGGGGGCUUCGCAGCCACUGGAGGGCCAAAGCGGCGCCACGGGGGCCAGCCUGGAAGACGAGCUGCCCCCCGAUACUCUGGGGAGGGCACCUGCAGCAGAAGAGAGCCCACGGUCCCACUGCCAAGCAGCUGUGCACAGCCCGCUGCCCGGACCGCAGGUGGGAGCUGCCCUGCAGCAGACCUUCCAGCACGUGCUGCGUUGGGGCGACCAGCUCAGCCGUGCUUUCCUUGGAGCUGACAGCUUCCCGGGGGCAGUCAGGCCCGAGGCAGGCCCUUGGGAUACAGGGGCUGGCCCCAGCAGCUGGUGGGCCCAGCUGAGCCAGGCCUCCAGAAUUUACACGGCUCCCAGCAAGGAAAGGUUCCCCUUCGUCUGGUGGACAAAGCUGCGGACGGCUGCGGGGGAUCCCAGCCCUGGCCAGGCAGCUCGACCCCAAACCCCUCCGAGAGAGCCUAAAAGCACUGAGCUGCAGCUGCUUCAGACCAAAGCUAUCCCUGAACUCUCCAGUCCCCACUCCAGCAGCAGUGCUGACACCUCUGGGACCUCUUCCCCCGAAGACCUCGUCCUGCUCACUGGAACAGCCCUCCCACCAACUGGUCCAGCUGCUGGGGAGAAACCUCUGGCUGCUUCUCCACAGCCUGGUGCAAGCAGGAGCCAGGCAGCACCUCCUGACCCAGGGGCCUGCAGUCCUGGCCCUGACAGGGGCAGCUGGCUGGGCCGACUCUUCGGAGCCAGCAGCCCCUCUGCCAGGAGCUCCCCUCCCAGCCCUGACGCCAUCUCAGUGAGAUCCAGGAGACCUUCCAGCUGGCUGGCGCCCAGCUCCCGUGUCCUGGCCGUGGUGGUGAAGGGGCUGGCUGAGAAGAGCCGUGCUCCAGAACAGCCUGAGAAGAAGCUGCCUGAUUCACCGCAGUCCCACAGAGCGGUCCGGGCGCUGUGUGACCACACCGGUGCUGCUGACGGUCACCUGAGCUUCCAAAAAGGGGACAUUCUGCAGCUGCUCUCCACCGUGGAUGAAGACUGGAUCCGUUGCUGCCAUGGAAACAGCACUGGCCUAGUUCCUGUGGGCUACACGUCUCUGAUUUUGUGAGGAGGAGGAGGAGACGUGAGGAAGCAGCUGAGCUUGCAGCAGUGCCAUCCCCGCCCCAUCUCCACCACCUCCAGGGCUGGAUGUUCUGCAGGGCUCCUCGCUGCAGUGCCGGCCCGCUGCUCCUUGCAGUCACCUCCUGUGGCUGUUGUCACAGCCCUGCUGCCACCUCACCACAGCCCCUCGUUGGGAUCUGCUCUUGUUUGCGUUCUCUCAGCUGCUGCCCACGUGUGAGGGCCAGCAGGGUCCCCAUCCCCGCGCAUUACUCUCAGUCCCACGUGCCGUCGUCUCUGUGCCAUCGUGUCCCAUCACUGCCACCGUGUGCCCCGCUUUGCUGCAGGGCUGCUGGCCCAGGCCGGCCCCAACCACCCCUGUGCUGUCCCAACACUGUGUAAAUAGUUGUGACCACGGGAAGAUGCUUAAUUCCAGGGGAAAUAAAGGCUGUGACUCACGUGU